GAAACAAACAUUCAUCUAACACCGACACCACACAUACGAACUAUCUAGCAGACGACGACCAACAUUGUUUCAUAUUUUAAUGUCAAUGAGACAAAUUGCUAAUCGAUAUCCUAAUCCUAGAAGAUUCGCGAAACGUAUGAUCCAAGUUUACAGGUAGUUAAGGAAGAUGAGGUCCGCCCGGGCGGAUAUAUAGAAAUGUUCUACAGACCUAACAGGUGCCUGUCAGCCCUGUAAGAUUCCGUGAUGACGGUUCCUGUCGCUCCCGUAUAAUCUCGGUUCCUAAAAAGGGAAACCAACCUGGAUCUAUCAGCACUUUUGGUAAUUGAUGUGCAAUCAAGCAUCGAUCUUCGUGAUCUUAUCAUAAGCGAAGAAGGUAGCAGUUGGUAAACAAUAUUUCCCGGUACGGCUAACAGCACCUAGAUUAGCCGGUUCUAGAAGGUUGAAAGGCCUACCAAAAUGCAAGUGUAGGGGAUAAUUGUGAGCUAGAAUGCGACACAAGGUCCUCCCAACGGAUCCUAAUUUUAGGAGACAAAGGAGGCUCUAGGCCACGACGCAAUUAAAAAUCAUCCAAUUCUUAUUUUUACUUCAGAAUCUAUUCCCUUGUUUCAAUUGCUGUCCUCGCCUCUUAAUUGCAGCGACGAACUCGAAGCAACUCCUGAUCCUGCUCACGAUUGCGACAAAACACCAUCAUGAAGAUCGCUAGCUUGAUCGCGGGGAUCUCCCUUGUGAGAUCUGUCCUUGCGGAAGGUGAUCCGCCGCCUCCACAAACGCCAGUCAUCUUAGGAAUCGUGUCGGAUACCCCGGUUCAGUGCUCCCCAGGCCAGAACAUGAAGAUUACUUUUCUUCCGAACACGCUUAGACUCGAGCUUCCAAGCAUGACCUUUGGCGCAGAGGGCCAUGGCAGAACAGAUGAGAUUUCCGUAUGUCAAUUCACCGUAGAGUAUACCUCUUGGUGGUACAAGUAUCGCUUUGCGAUCCAGGAUGUGACCUACAGAGGGCAUCUGAAUGCGACCGACGGUGUCCAGUUGUACCAAAUGACUGCCAAUUCGGUCUUUAGGUACGAGAAUCGAAAGCUCAAUCCGGGACGGGCGCCACCUGAUAUUUGGAACGUGUCUAUGUCUACCAUGAUAGAUGACACGGCUCAGACAUCCAUUGGCGGCGACGGGAACUUUGAUAGCGAUUUUGAAGCUAGUGGAAACAGUUCUCACUUGGAAUGGUCGACAUGCAUGGAUGGUGGUGAAGGCACGGGCGACGUCAAAACGAAGCUCCAAUUCAAACUAAGUGCGACAACAAGCGAUAAGAGCGGGAAAGGCACUGGUGUGCUAACCAAUGGCUUGACGUUCGAUUUCGGUAUCGUCUGGGAAGAAUGCACUCCUGAUCGAACAGUUAAAAAUGCCUGGGGAGAAACGCGGGUCGAUGAUUGGUCGGUCUGUACAUACAACAAUACUAAUGAAACCUCGCAAGCAAUCUCAAGGGCCUUGCGUCGUGGACCAGGCCUAGUCAUCUAGGUGCCUACCUAGACAUAUCAGUUAAGGUUGCAGGGAAACCGGUUCAAUUCUUACAUACGUACAUAUUUGUAGUUAUUUUGAAGUAAAUAUGGGAAUUUUUUAUGUCACCAACAUAUGAAUAUUCGUGAAAGAUCACUUGGUGCUAUGCUUGGCAACUAUUCCCUAUCUCAUGACCACAUA